CUAAUUCAAAGCUUUUAUAGGAUUUUCAGGCUUUCACUUUGUUUUAUUUCUAAUAUAACGUGAUUGACAUUUUAAUUGCAUACUAUCAUGAGUUGAACACUGAAAUAUAUGGUUUUAUUAAUAAAUCCAUAAAACCCACCACAAACAGCUCGAAACAAAUUGUCGAACAAAAUCUGUCUCAAUAUAAUGCUGGGACUCACUAAGUGAUUUUACUUAAUUUCUUUGCAAAAUAUUGCAGGAUUUUUCGAAAUGUUUGUUAUGGAUAUAUUAUGGAUUGGUUCUGUAUUGUUUAUCAUAACGAUUUCUGAAGCUGUACCAAUCCGAGAAUCAACUGCCAACGAAACGACGUUAAAAUUAGUUCAUGUGAUAUUUAGGCAUGGUGACAGAAACCCAGGAAAAUCGCAACUAUACCCAAGUAAUGCAUAUUACGAUGAGAUGCACUAUUAUCCUUAUGGAUAUGGACAGUUAACAAAUAAUGGUAAAAUCCGUAUGUACGAACUAGGGAAAAUAAUUCGAAAACGGUACAACAAUUUCUUAGGCAGUCAAUGGAACAUGAACGUCUUAGACAUCAGAAGUACCGAUUACAACAGAACAAAAAUGUCUGCGCAACUAAUGACAGCCGGAUUGUGGCCUCCAAGAAGAAUUAAUAUAUGGAAUCCAGUUUUUCGAUGGCAACCUAUACCUUAUAAUUAUGAGAGAGCUGAAAAUGACGAGCUAUUGUCACCUUGGUUGGCGUGUUCCACCGUUAACACUCUAAUAUCUGCCUUAUUGGAAAGCACUGAACUGGGGAAUUAUAUGUCUGAACGUUACAAUGAGACACUACAUAUUUUAUCUGAAAACACGGGGUUGGAAAUGAGUUACCUGCAAGCGUUUCGUCUAUAUCUGGGAUUUUCAAUUCAGGACGAACUAAAUAUGCCUUUAGAAGAAUGGACAUCGUCGGUUUAUCCUGAACCAUUACAUUCUUUUGUUAUCGAUUAUUACCACAUCCGAACAAAUACAACUGAACUGAAAAAAAUUAUUUCUGGCUACUUGAUAAAGCAAAUUAUCGAAAAUACAGAAAACCAAAUUAACGGAACACUAACACCAAAUGGAAGAAAAAUGUUUAUUUAUUCAGGACACGAAGCAAAUAUUGCUACAUUGUUACUUUCGUUGCAAGCAACCAAAGUUGUGGACGUUCCUCCUUACGGAUCGUUUAUUAUCAUUGAAACUCAUAAGAUAGAUGCUGUGUAUGGAAUUAAGUUGUAUUAUCAAGAUUAUAAAAAUGACGACCCUCAAGAACUACAAAUUACAGGAUGUGAUAAAUUUUGCCCAUUUGAUGACUUCGUCACUUUAUUUACUGAUAUAUUACCAACCUCGACCAGUGAAUGCUAUGGUGUGUAGUUAUAAGAUAUUCGAUUUACUAGCUAUACGGGUGUGAAAGGUACUAUGCAAUAUGAAAUAUGUAUUUUUUACAAACACCACUUUAGCAUUGAAUGCAAACGAGAACGUUACGCCCGUAUGCACAGUCGAUCGCAACGUUUCGCCGUUAACAUAUGCCGGUAUAGCAAAGAGCAAGUGGGCAGCGAACUAACAGCGUUUUUUUAAUUUAAGUAAUUUUAAUCUCUAAAGUGAGAUUAUUUUGCAAUAGAAAAUUUACAUUGUUAAAUCCUUAUACUAUAUUUUUUCUU